AUGUUUCAUCCUGAGCUCCUUAUGGGACGGCCCAUGCGCGUCAUGUGGUCUCAGAGGGAUUCAUCCUUGAGGAACUCGAGCAUCGGAAACCUGUUCAUCAAGAACUUGGACAACUUGAUGAAUACCUUGGCCCUUUUUGACACAUUCUCAUUCUUUGGGAAGGUCCUGUCUUGCAAGGUUGUAGGUGAUGAGAAGAGGUCUAAAGAGUAUGGCUACGUCCAUUUUGAGUCUGCAGAGGCAGCGGAUUUGGCAAUGAAGAGGCUCAAUGGCAAACUAUUGAACGGCCGUAAGGUCUUCAUUGAAUACUUUAAGUCCCCUGAGGAGCGCGAGGCCGAGGCGGGCUGCUGGGGCAGGAAGAAGAAAGAGGAACGUCAGGCUUACCCUGCCCAUCAGAAGAGGCAGAGGAUGGCGAACAUGCAGUCUGAUUGGCUGUGUCACAUGUCCUGA